GCAGUAUAAAAUACGCCUAACAAACCAUCAUUACGUUUCUGGGUUCAUUGUUUAAUUUGACGUCAAUCUAUUUGUUUGAUUUAUGCAUUAUUAAGAAAAAUUUUAUUUUUUACAUUAAUACCCAUCAUUAAUUUGACUUAGGAAAAUGAAGAAAUUUUCAGUUGUUUCAAUUGCAUUGUUCGUAAUCUUUACUAUAUCAGGUUUGAAUUCCACUUGUACUGGCGAUUUUGAAAGAUGUUUAAAUCAUACUGACUGCUGCUCUGGAAAAUGCCUAAUGACAGGCUAUAUACACAAUAGAAUUUGUCUGGAAACUUCAAGUAUAGAUCAAACAAAAAUUCAAAAAGGUAAAUGUUCAUACUAUAAACCGGAAGACGAAAAACUUGAUCGACAUAUGUCUCAAUCAUUCGGAUUAUUUGCCUCGCAUCCUUUAUUACCAACCAACUCAAUGGUCGAAGUGAAGCAUAACGACAAAGUUAUAACUGUAAGAAUAACCCAUCAAUAUGUAGAAAAUAAAAAUAAUUCGAUUUUGGAAUUAUCAAGAGAUGCAGCAAAGGAGUUAGGCAUUGAAACAGAAGGAUUGUUUGAUUGUAACUUGCAAUUAGUGACUUCAGAAGUCGACUAUUAUCCUCUUCUAAAACCUAUUGGAAUUAUUAUAUUUUAUGUGACAGCAAUGUUUCUAAUAGUAUGAAAAAAUAAACACAUUGAUAAAUAAUAAAUAAAUUAUUAAUUUAUUAUUUUAACAAUUAUUAUUAUUGUAAUACAUUAUUAUACUUUAGUUAAAAUAAUUUUUUGUUUUAAUUUUGCCAUUAAUUGUAAACACUAGACAUUAUACAUAAUCGUUCAACAUUCAAUAUUCAAGCUGGUUUUGUAGGACUCGAAAAUUCGCUCGAAAUGCAUUGUGUUUGAUUUUAAGCGAAUGUUUGCCUUAAAGUUGUACAGCGCUUUAUUUACCUUGCGAACGUUGCGGUUCGCGUCAUGUAAAACCAGCUUUAAAAUCGAUUUGAUAUAAUGUGUUAUUAUUAUGUAAAUAUAUCAACGUACCAAAUUAAAAAGUUGAAAUUAUUUACAAAUAUAUUUUUUGUUAACAUUUUCAA